GUCGCAUUGCCGCAUUGGCGUUGCUUGGACACGUGACCGGGCAUCACGUGACAAUUAGUUUUAGUCAUGGCCGACGACUACAGGCGACAAGGCCUCGAGUUGGAGAGACGGAUAUUCGAGUUAGAUGCCAAGUGUUCUGCUCUCAAAGCCGAAAAACAAGAUGACGACUAUAUACAAAAUGCAGAUGCCAUACUAGACAAGUUGAAAAGCUACUACAGACAAGGAGGGGAGAGCAGCAGCCUUUCUAAACUGCUUCAAGAUUACACACAGGUGAUUCUAGAUAUUACAUUUUAUGAAGAGAACAAACUGGUGGAUCAGGAAUUUCCAGAGGAAUGUUCACCGUUUAAAAUCCAGCAGCUCCUGCAAGAUCUGACCGAGCCGGAAGUGUUGGUGGGGCGACUUGCACCAUCUCAAGAGGUGCAGGCUGUGUUGGGACUAGAGCUGCUAGAAUGCCUCUACUGGAGACGUGGCGCACUGCUCUACAUGUACUGCCACACCCUUCAUCAACGGAAGCAAUGGAUCAAGCAGAACAAAGAGACGUUCCUUAAGUGUAUUCAGGAAGGAGUGCGCUACCUAAUGCGGAUGCUGCAGGUGAGGAACUCAGUGAAGCUCAAUGAUGGGGUGGUGCUCCAUGACACUGCUACGGCAGGCUUCCUAUCUGAAGGCAUUUUCUCAGACACGCACCUGUUGACAAUGAUGUACAUCGGCGAAAUGUGCUUCUGGGCCGUCAAGUAUGAAGACUACAGCAGCGAAAUGAUGGAUUGUAAAGAUCGCCUCCAGUUUAGGGACAUUGGCACACAGAUCCUCAACAAGUAUGUGCUUGCCUGCGAGGGCCCUCUGCAGGGACAGGGCUGGAACACGGAGAAUGCCAAGGAAAUCCUCAGUGUUUUACAGUAAAGCCCGCUGCCCCCGUGUCCGGGUCUUCCUCGGACACAACUAAGAUCAGUAUUGAGUGUUUUUCCAGUCCCCUCUAAACUAAAAAAGGUUAGGUACGGUGUAAUGAAAGGCUAAUGAGAGGAGGGGAGAAAUUGUAUAUCAGCAAGGGUGUUAAUGCCACCUCGCUUCAUGCUUUGGAGAAGAAAGUUCUGCAGGUGGUGUAAAACUGACAUUAAAGUUUUUUGUUUUUUUUCAUUCUGCUGAAAAAGCACGUUAUCUUGAUUCCAGACUGUUGAUUAGGGCACUUGUUUUGCUCUAAGAAUGUGUUAUAAUACCAUUAAUAUAAAAAAAAAAGAAUCUUAAUAAUACAUUUUUUUUAGUUUAUAAAUUACACAGCCUAAAAUGAAACAUUGCACAGUAACCUUUUUAUUUAUUAAGUUGCCAUUUUGGUAUGCAUUUAUUAUUUGACAUCUGUUCGUACGAUAUAUACACACGUUUUAAAUGUGUAUAAAAUACACACCAGGCAAAGGAAAGUUUAAACAUGUUUGCUAGUUAUUCAUGAUCCAUCACUUAUUCCCCAUUAUUGCAAUUUUCCUAAAUUUAAUAAAACUUUUAUUUGUUUAGCUUUUAAUAGAGAACGUGUUUGGAUGAAAAUUUCUGUUUUUUAUGUCCUUGGUGACAAUAAAGCCCGUGUUGUUUUAA